AUGGCACCAAGCACUAGGCGCGGCGGGAAUUGCAAUGGCAGUCUUAAUGGCGAGAACGUCCAGGGUAAUCACAACCAAGAACCGUAUCUAGGAAAUAAUAAUCAGGAUAUGGGCUACCAAGGUGCUGGUUCAGGUGGGUAUCAGCCCUACAUGAUGUUACCAACGGAAUUAGUAACUGUCCUAACUGGAAUAGCCCAAGCACUACAAGCGCAAUCACAGUUAGCGCAACUUCAGGCUGUCCAAACCCAGGGUCAUGGACAAGGGGGAACCCAAUCCUACUAUGAGAAGAUGAAGCGGGUCCAUGUCCCUACUUUUGAUGGAACCCCUGACCCGGACUUGGCAGAAAAAUGGUUAGAUGAGAUAGAAAAUAAUUUCGCACUUUUGCAAGUGCCGGAGGAAAUGAAACACCUAAUUGUCAAACCCUUUUUGGUAAGGGAGGCCAAUAAGUGGUGGACAACUCUGGAACCGACAGUUACCCCACCAAAGAUAGAUCAGUUUGAAAAUCUGAGGCAAACACCGGGGAUGUCCGUGGUCCAAUAUUCAAAUAAGUUUACGGCGCUGGGAAGGUUCGUGCCGUCGACCAUAGCGGAUGUUGAGUUGAAAAAAUAUAAGUUUAUCUGGGGAUUGUCGAGUAGGAUUCAAACUAGGGUGAACACCGCUUAUACCCCUUCGUUUAAUGAUGUAUUGGAUGCCAGCGUGAAGGCUGAGGCUGAUUGCAAAAGAUUGGACGAAGAGGGUAGGAAUAAAAGGCCUAGACUAGGGAAUGAACCGACAGUGUCGGAAACACUGAAACCUGGAGGACGGUUCCGCCUAAUUAAGAAAAGUCGUGGGCCACCACCGAAAGUAACUGGAGGAAAUAUCUUUCCUACAUGCAAAACUUGUGGAAAGAUGCAUCGGGAAGAAUGCCAACUUAAGACGACUCCCACGUGCAAGACUUUUGGGGCUAUGAAUUGUCCAAACAAAAAGUUGGAAGGAGACAAGUAUGGCAAUCCCACUGAUAAAAAGCCAAAGAUUAACGCGAGAGUACAUGCUAUGACCGACGUUGAGGCGGAGGUGUCAGGCGACGUGGUCACAGGUACUCUUCUAAUUAAUUCGGUGCCUGCAUAUGUGCUGUUUGAUUGUGGAGUUAGUCACUCUUUUGUUGGUAGAAAAUUUGCAAAGUACUUGUGCAUGCCUCCUGAAUGGAUGGACCACCCAUAUCGAGUAGCUGCUCCAGGAAAUAAAAACCUUAGUGUCUCAUACUAG